AUGAGGAAAGGCAGGGGAGGAGCUGGCCCUAGAGGAGGCAAAAUCCAGGGGCACUGGCCGCGCCGCAAUACCGGCGGACACCCAGCGGGCUCGGCUCUACAGAGCCUGAGCCCCCGCCACCGCCAGCAGCCGUUGCUGCCGCCUCUGCCAAACCAUCCUUCAGACACCGGAGCAGCUGCCUCACAACAUGUCGGCCGCCGCCGCUGCUGCAACCGCGGCGGCCGCCUGGGCAAGAAUACGGACAGAGUCAGUCACAGAGGGGACCUCAGUGGCGGCCGCCGUGGCCGUUUAGCCCGAACGCAGAUCGUGGAAGCCGGAGCGGCUGCAACAUCGGCCUCUCCGCAGGCCAGGGAAGAAGGUUUGCGAGCAGCCGCUCCCGACACCCUUUGCACCACCGGAAGCCUCGGCCCUCACCAGCUUGCCCCCUCCUUCCCAGACCGACUUCCGGGUGUGGCUACCGCCCUUCCCCCACUAGCGCCGGCGGGAACCGCCUCUUCUCGCCGCCAGCAGCUUCCGCAUCCUGCUGGCCGGGCAGGCGCCCGGGCACGCGCCCAGGCAUCCCACCCCUUCACCGGGCCAGCUGCCGGGCGAGCGCGCGCCUCGUGGUACCGGGGAACCCUGGGCACGCGCCUUCUCCGGGACUGGGGCAACCGAUGGGGAAUGGAGUGGGUGGGUGAGGGGUGCUCGGUUUCUUCGCCUUUACGUUGUCUCAACCAUUUGAGGCCUCGAAACCACCUCUCGCAGCCGUCUUUGUGGAAAAGGGGCUCUGAUUUCGUUAAAAGAACUCUCUGUUUUUCCUUAAGGAGACGAAUUUGGGCUUGAAUGGGGAGAGGAACCGGGCCUGAGCUGGGUAGUGAGGAGGUGAGGUAGACAGCGUCGCUUGCUUGCACCGUCAGAGGGAAAGCUUUUGAAGAUGUCUAAUAGAUGUUUUUCGGAUCAAAGUUUUCUGUGGUCCUCCACCCACUUUCUCGUUUUAUGGGAAAGGAGACAUUCGGGAAAGAGACUUGACUAGUCACAACUUGAGGCUAAACUGGAAACUAGAAGUCAGACCCACUGUAGUGGAAAUGCGUAGCGUACAAUGAGCCAGGUUCCAACCUAGUCGUUUUUCACGGUGCAUUGCACGCUGGCUUCUAGAGGGGAAAAAAAAUGUUAGAGCUUCUUAAGCAACUCUGAUUUUUGCUUAUGUCCACAGGUGUUAAGUUCUUCACAAAAAUGAAUCCUUUUAAAAAACUAAAUUUGUUGUACUGUCAUUUGGGAGAAGAGGUUACUUUAUAAAUAGUGGGAUGUUGCAAUUCUGUAAAGUUAAUGAGAUACUAUUUAAAUCAGUUUUGGCAAUUUAGUUCAUCAAAUACAUUGUUCUUGAUACAUUGGACAACAAUUGAUUUGUUUGAAAUGUUUUUUUAAAACGUUUUUUAAAACUCUACAUGUGGCACCUGGAGGGGACCUUACAUUUACUGCUUUUUUCGUUUAAUAUUUUCUCCUGGACACAUACCAGUUCUUUCAUUUCUAAAGUGUGGACACCUGUUUUUCAGUGCUAGUAACUUUAAUCAAAACAGAAUUUCUUUGAUAAAAUAAUAUUUUAAACUUCUCUUCAAAAUAGGAAUGUGAAAAUUGGUGGCUAGUUGGCUCAGAGAUAAUAUCUUUAUGAAAUGUUUUUUGUAAUUUAGUUUGCUGUUGGUUUAAAGAGUUAUUAUGUCAUCUAAAUUUGGCCUUAUAUUAAUCUUAAAUUUCAUAGCCUUAUUAAUUUUAUCAAUCCCGAGGUUAUCACAUUGUCACUGGCCCAAAUUUUGUUGCUCCUGAAAAAAUCUAAUAGUAAUAAUGGUGUUUUUUCAUAAUAACACUUAUGCUAUAUAGACUUAGAGACAUAAGCUGUAUAGGUCAAUAGGGCAUGCAUUUGAAGUUGUGAUUCCCGUCAUUGUUUGUUACUACAAGCUUAAUAAUCAUGGAAUAUGUAGAAAAGGGACCUAGGUUCCAGUCCUGGCUUUUUGUUACUUCAGACAAGUCAUUCUCGGAGCCUCAUUUUCUUCAACUAAAAAUGGAGAUACUACAUUAUUCAUAGGAUUCCCAGUCAAGUGAAACUAUUAAAGAUGCCUGCAAAUUAUUUAACACUCUUCCCACCAAGAAGUGGGGUAUA